UCAAUUGCUUGCGAUACUUUUGUAACGAGUGAAUGGGUGAGCUGAUGCCAUCAGACGGGCCAAGCAAGGACAACCUCUGUAACGAAUCUGUUCCUUCGUUUGUUCAACUACGCCCUCGCUGCUGCUUUCUGCUUUCCUCAUUUUCUACUCCCGUAAUAUCGUAAUAUCUCAGCACUGAAACUGUCUCCUCCUGUUGACGGCCAGCUCUCUCUGCCAUCAAUUUAGCUUGGGGUGCACCACGUAUUUCAGCGACGCGACGGUUUAACUCUGGAUUCUGCUCGCCAUCGGAUCGCACAAUAGGUCAUGUCCGGUGGAGGAUACAAUCCAUUUCCAUCCAGAGAAAAUCCUUAUCUCCAGAGGGCAUCGGGGUCGGGGUCUCCCAGUUCAACAGGGUUCCCUUUGACGUACGAGCGUCCGAGCCCGCCGCGACCUGACACACGGCCCUUCUCGUCCUCGUUCGAUGACCCGUUUCGGCCCGGUCCGGGAGCAUCGCCACCGCCGUGGUCCGCGUCGCCGGGGUUCACUCCAGCGCCAGGCUGGAGGGCUGCUCCUCGGUCAGCGUCUUCAAAUCCUCGUAAACGGUCUAGCGCGCGGAAAUUUGAGCCGUCUGCAAAUUGGAGGCAGACGCUGGAUUCGCCUCUUUCAAUGCGACCGAGUGGUGGAGUCUGUUACUGUCCACUCCGUGUCACGGGCCGAUACCACCGAGGAUGGGACUGCUCUUGCUACCGCUGUGACUGAUCCUCCUGUUGCGACUGAUCCUCCUGCUGUGACUGAUCCUCCUGUGACCGAUCCUGCUGUGGCGGGGCUUUCUGUUGACGACAAUGAGGAGUUCCUGGAGCCUGUUCCCAUUCGUGACGACUCUCUCUUGCUCGCCGCUCCUGCUGAAGUCGAGCCAUUGGUCGAAUCUCCAGCUGAGCCAUCCCUCACGCCACCUGUCGCGCCAUCGGUUGAGCCAUUAUUCGAGCCGUCGGUGGAGCCGUUGCUCGAGCCAUCGUUGGGGCCGAAUGUUGAGCCCGUGAUGGAGCCGUCACUUGAGCUGCCGGUCGAGCCGUCGCCUGAAGCAUGGACCAAGCCAUCGGGCGAGUCAUUGGUUGAGCCAUCUCUCGAACCAUCCCACGAGCCUCCGGCUGAACCUCUAGCUGCAUUCAUUCCACUCCAGUCAGCAACCACCUCUGUCUCGGUUGUUCCGACGGAUCCUGUUCAUCCCGCUGGGGACGCCGUCUCCAUUCCAGAUGACCACGGAAUUCCGCCUCGAAUUAUAUCGCCGUCCGCACGCCCGAGUGCGGGCGUUGACAUGGAUGCCGAAAUGGAUGCCGAAAUGGAUCCUGGCAUAGAGGCUGGUAUGGAUUCCGAUGUGGGGAAUGCCGAGAUGGGCAUUGACGUCGGGGACUCAAUCAGCGCGAGGCACAGUAUGCCUACAUGGGAUGUGCAGCCGACGCCCCGAAUGUACCCCCGGAUUAUGUCUGGAUCGAGCGUCUCAGAGGCUCUCCGACUGACGAUCCGGAUGCGGCAAGAGGCAGGCGCAUCCGGGCUCGAGCACACAAAUACAGUUUUGAUGGAAAAUCUGUCGCUCAUCGAGCCAACUAAAGUAUCGGACACAGACAAGCAGCAGGAGCUGAUCGUCUACGACGUGCAGUCCGGGCGAGUGAAUGACUCGUGUCUGAAGCCACGCUCGGGACAACGUGGCUGGCUUGAGAGCAAGCUGGAGCAGUCGGCACGGCAUUUGAAUGAGAGGGUGGAACGAAUGAAGGUGGAGUACCAGGAAUUGCACGAUGCUUGGCGCAGGAGACACGCUGAAUAUGCUAGCGCUCCUUCUCUUGUCCCAGUCAACCAGAGCAGCGCCAACGCAAGCAUCGCACCUGCGAGCAACGAUGUCCCGGCCACGGGACGGACGACCCGACGGUCUGCUGCGACGCUUGGGGACUCCGUGCGCUCCGAUCUGGAGAUGGAGCAGAUCAUCGCGAGUCUCGGCUACGACGAGCAAAUGGACGCUAACCUGAUCAGCACUCGCAACCUGGCCGAGAUCCCGGACAUGCUGUCUGUCUCCUCGUCCGGACUGCGGUAUCUCUACGACGACACAAACCAUCUCGUCACCCAUCCGCACGAAUAUUACGCUGUCAAGACCGGGAUCACAGACUGGACAGACGCAGAGAAGAGUCUGUUCCUGGACAAAUAUGCGCUAUAUCCGAAACAGUUCGGUCUGAUUGCUACGUUCAUGGAGAACAAGUCUGCGCGCCAAUGCGUCGACUACUACUAUCUGCACAAAAAGUCGCUUAUCGACUUCCGGCGCGUCGUCGUCCGAGGCGGAGGGAAGAAACGCAACGGCGGGCGCAAAGGCAAAAGCAACGGUCUCAUGACCGAUAUCCAGCAGCACGACGCACAGAUCGCUGCGGAGGAGCGUGCCGAUGUCGCGUCCAGUCGCUCCACUACGGCCGCACCUUCGGACCGCCGUAAGCCUCCUGCCCGAAGAGGCACCGCCACGCCCGCUGUGGUUGCGACUCCCGAGCCCGAAGUCAAGCGGCGGCGCGGCAGGCCGCCCGGAAUUGGUAAGACGACGGAAUGGACGGACGAAGAUCGCGCGCUGUUUGCCCAACUCUUGCAGGAACACGGCGAGAAUUUCAAGCGCAUCGCAGUCCGCAUGCCGAGCAAGACGACGGAUGCUGUCUCUGCAUAUUUUAAAACGCAAUUCAGUGUCAGGGCCAAAGAGCAGGAGGAUACAUCAGCGAUCGGGCCUGCGACUCCCGUCACAACGGCAUAUAACACUGCUGAACCUCUCUCAUGAUAUAUCUUUAUUGUUUUGUUUGUUGUAUCCGUACCUUGCAGGCAACUUGUACACUAAUCGCAUUCU